UUGCUGGUGCCCAUAGGGAUGGGUGAAGUCCACCUGGCCUGUGGCACUUUUCAGCAGCCAUCGUCUCACUAGGGCCCCCUAGUGGCGUUAGGAUGCACCUCUCAGCAGUGUUCAAUGCCCUCCUGGUGUCAGUGCUGGCAGCGGUCCUGUGGAAGCACGUGCGACUGCGGGAACAUGUGGCCACUCUGGAGGAGGAACUGGCUCUUGGCCAACAGACCCCAGAGCCAGCCCAGGGACUUAGGAUCGACUACCCGAAGGCCCUACAGAUCCUGAUGGAAGGCGGCACACACAUGGUGUGCACGGGCCGCACGCACACGGACCGCAUCUGCCGCUUCAAGUGGCUCUGCUACUCCAACGAGGCGGAGGAGUUCAUCUUCUUCCACGGCAACACCUCUGUCAUGCUGCCCAACCUGGGCUCCCGGCGCUUCCAGCCAGCCCUGCUGGACCUGUCCACCGUGGAGGACCACAACACCCAGUACUUCAACUUUGUGGAGCUGCCCGCCGCAGCCCUGCGGUUCAUGCCCAAGCCAGUGUUUGUGCCUGACGUGGCCCUCAUCGCCAACCGCUUCAACCCCGACAACCUCAUGCACGUCUUCCACGACGACCUGCUGCCGCUCUUCUACACCCUGCGGCAGGUCCCCGGCCUGGCCCACGAGGCCCGGCUCUUCUUCAUGGAGGGCUGGGGCGAGGGCGCACACUUUGACCUCUACAAGCUCCUGAGCCCCAAGCAGCCACUCCUGCGGGCACAGCUAAAGGCCCUGGGCCGGCUGCUCUGCUUCUCCCACGCGUUCGUGGGCCUCUCCAAGAUCACUACCUGGUACCAGUAUGGCUUUGUGCAGCCCCAGGGCCCAAAGGCCAACAUCCUUGUCUCCGGCAAUGAGAUCCGGCAGUUUGCACGGUUCAUGACAGAAAAGCUGAAUGUGAGCCAUGCAGGGGCCCCACUGGGCGAGGAGUACAUCUUAGUCUUCAGCCGCACCCAGAACAGACUCAUCUUGAAUGAGGCAGAGCUGCUGCUGGAGCUGGCCCAGGAGUUCCAGAUGAAGACAGUGACGGUGUCUCUGGAGGACCAUGCCUUUGCAGAUGUUGUGCGGCUGGUCAGCAAUGCCUCCAUGCUGGUCAGCAUGCACGGGGCUCAGCUGGUUACUGCGCUGUUCCUGCCCCGUGGGGCAACUGUGGUUGAGCUCUUCCCAUAUGCCGUCAAUCCUGACCACUACACCCCCUAUAAGACGCUGGCCAUGCUGCCCGGCAUGGACCUGCAAUAUGUAGCCUGGCGGAACAUGAUGCCAGAGAACACAGUCACACAUCCUGAGCGGCCUUGGGACCAGGGGGGCAUCACCCACCUGGACCGGGCGGAGCAGGCCCGUAUCCUGCAAAGCCGUGAGGUCCCACGGCAUCUCUGUUGCCGGAAUCCCGAGUGGCUGUUCCGAAUCUACCAGGACACCAAGGUAGACAUUCCAUCCCUCAUCCAAACCAUACGGCGUGUGGUGAAGGGCCGUCCAGGGCCACGGAAGCAGAAGUGGACAGUCAGCCUGUACCCAGGCAAGGUGCGGCAGGCACGAUGCCAGGCGUCUGCGCAGGGUGCUGCUGAGGCUCGCCUCACCGUGUCCUGGCAGAUCCCAUGGAACCUCAAGUACCUGAAGGUGAGGGAGGUGAAGUACGAGGUGUGGCUGCAGGAACAAGGGGAGAACACCUACGUGCCUUACAUCCUGGCCCUGCAGAACCACACCUUCACAGAGAGCAUCAAGCCCUUCACCACCUACCUGGUAUGGGUCCGCUGCAUCUUCAACAAGACCCUCCUUGGGCCCUUUGCAGACGUGCUGGUGUGCAGCACGUAGCAACGGGCCAUGGCCAGGCCUCGGGGGGCCUCUCCAGCUCAGUGUCCCCGGCCCUCUGGUCCUGCUGUGGCAACUUUGGGGAGUAUUUAUUUAUUUAUUGAGCAGAACUGUGCCAGGCCUGCACCCCCAUGUCUUCUUGUUGCAUCUGGCUUUGGUAUUCACAGUACCCCUCUUCAUCCUGGAGUGAUGGGCGCCCACUGCCUUCUUCUAUCCUUGUCAUCCAUUCCCUGCAGAAGCUCCUUAGUGAGGGGGAAGAGGAGGGGGGAAAGCAAGAGUCCCAGGGAAUGCUCUGACUGAGCAGUCCUUUGGACUGGUGUCCAGGCUUCUGGAAAUUGGGUAAUUGUGGUUGGUAGCUUCAUCACCACGAAGUUCACCUGUAGCCCAGGGAUGGGUGUGAUUGGAAUAGUCAUUAAAUGAUUGUGAACA